CGGAGUUUGGAUCUGUCAUCUCUAAAAUUGUUAUACAUUCAAAAGGUAGCAAAGAAAACUUUAGUUUUCAUCGAUCAAUUACGCUUUUACUCGUUGUUUUGGAGGUUAUAUUGUAAACAUGGCUUCUUCUUCUCUUUCUUUGGUAAUCCCCCUCAAAGAAAAGCAUGAGUUUCAAGAAAAAUACCAUGUGUUCCUGAGUUUCAGAGGUGAGGACACUCGCAAUAUAUUUGCUAGUUAUCUUUAUGAAGCUUUAUGUGCAAACCAAAUCUUGACUUUCAUGGAUGAUCAUGAACUUGAGAGAGGUGAUGAAAUUUCACCAACACUUCGCAAAGCAAUUCAGGAAUCCAAGAUUUCAAUAAUCAUUUUUUCGAAAAAUUAUGCUUCAUCCACAUGGUGUUUGGAUGAACUUGUGCACAUACUUGAAUGCAAGAAAAAAUUUGGACAGACUGUUGUGCCAAUCUUUUACGGCAUAGAUCCAUCGGUUGUACGAAAACAGAAUGGGAGUUAUGAAGUUGCAUUUGCUCAACUUGAACAACCUUUCAAGGCCAAGGAUGGAAUGGAGAAGGUGAAACAAUGGAGGGCUGCUUUAACAGAAGCGUCCAAUCUAUGUGGGUUGGAUUAA